UUUUCAAACUCUCACACUUUUUGGACUAUUUAUCGUUUCUACGUCUGUGUGAGAAAGAUUGUUGUAUUAUUAGAAGUGUGAGAGAUAACAGCGAUGGCGAGGCGAGGCGAGACUCGGAACGAGUCGUUAUUGACUCGGGCGGUUGCGGCGGUCUUCGCCUUCGUGAGACACGCCGAGUUUGAGAUCCUCUUCUUUCUUUUCUUUUUCAUCGCUUAUCUUCUAUUCAAAGACAUCACAUCAAGGCCUGACUAUAAUCAAAUGUUCGUAAAGAAGCCCGGUGGACCAGAAUUUUGGCCUUUUUAGAAGAGUUGGUGAUUGGUCAGGUUGGAUGUCUUUGUCCAUAGGGGUAUUCUUAGCGCACCAUGCAAUGAUUUGAGGAUUUCCUUUUGGAUUUGUAUCUAAAUGUGUAACUUUAUAGCCAAAACAUGAGAAACUAUAAAAUUUGUACAAUGUUCCGUUCCAAUUAGUUAUAGCAAAAUCAAGUAUAAAAGGCUUACAGCAUUUGUUUUUGUCUUGUUCCAA